AUGAAUUAUACAAAUCCUCCACCAGCCUAUUCUGCUUUGCAGUUCCCUCAGUCUGAUCAGUUCCCAAAUGAAAAAGACAAUCUGAUCCUGGCGCCACAAGAAAGCGAGCCAGGCCUGGCAAAUGCCUCUGUUCUCAAUCGAGGUCUCCAGGUACCUUUUCGAUCAACGACAUGCUCCUCGGGAUUCGACUACCCAGAGGAAUUAGUCUCUUAUGGAAUCUCCAAAGACCAGUGGGCUCAGUUCACACAAACCAUCUGCCAAGAGGCUAAGCUUUCACGCCAGCAGUGGACAACGGUGAUUGGCAAGAGUCUGGGCGCCUUGGGCGUCGGAGGACUGAUGAUUGGAUUCUUGGGAGCGAUCCCUGCGGUCUUCAUUGCCCGUCUGUCAAAACGACGCCAGGAACAACGGAAUCUCAUCGCCGCGAUGGCAGGGGUAGACGGCAAUCAUCUCGCCCGCCACAUCACCCACUGGAAUGAGACAGUCUUCAGGCCUCGUGGCAUUCUGAUCCGGGUUGAUCUGCCGGAUGAAUACCUAGAGGAUAUGGAGGAUAUGGAUAUUAGCAAAAAUGGGUCCUCAAGUAAUACCCGCAAGGACCGGGUGAAGGCUUCACAGAAGGCAAGAAUUGUGAUUAUUCCUCUGAAUGAGAUCACAUCGGAAUAUGGUGUCUCAAGUUGA